AUGCAGUCGAUGACCCUUUUCCCGGCACCGUCGACCGCGUCUUCGCGGUUCUACACGCUCUGCGCUCAGAUCCUCCAACCCUCUUUCCGCCGCCAUCAAUCUUCCUACAGGCGAACAAGAUCCAGGCUUAAUAUCAAGCCAGAUCCGGACUUCCUCCCCUCCAAGACCGAGCUACACGACCAUAUCAUCUACAAUCCUCCCCCAAGCAUGCCCAAUGUCUAUCACACGCCCAAUAUCUUCCUGCCUAAAAACGACCGCAGAAAAGUGUUCUCAGACCCUGAAACCCAACAGUCACACUUGCAGUCGGCCCAGCAGCUACCGGCCAUCCCGCGGCAGACGGGGAAACGAUAUCACCUUGUGGAGAAAGACUUGGAAGAGAUGAGGGAACUGAGGAGGACAGACCCCACGCAAUGGAGCGUCAGUCGGUUGUCAAAGAAGUUUGACUGCUCUCCAGUCUUUACACAUAUGGUCGUCGAAGGGCUAGCCCCAGAAAAGGGCAAAGAGCAGAAAAUGGUGACCGAGAUUGUCAAGUCGAAUUGGGGCAAGAAGAGAAGGGAGGCACGCGAGGAUAGACAGAUUAGAAAGGAACGCUGGUAUAGAGAUGCCUGA